UUAAUUUGAUUUUCUUUUAUCUUAUUAAAUCCAUAACAAUAGUGCAAGAAUUAUUUUUAGCACUGUAUAGAGUAUGACACGCCACGCAAGAAAUUGUACAGCCGGGGCUGUAUAUACUUAUCACGAAAAGAGAAAGGAUGCUGCAGCAUCUGGCUAUGGAACACAAAGUGAAAGAGUCGGGAAAGAUUCAGUUAAAAGUUUUGAUUGUUGCAGUUUAACUUUGCAACCGUGUAGAAACCCUGUGGUGACGAAAGAAGGGUACUUAUUCGACAAGGAAUCUAUUCUAGAAUAUGUCAUAACUAAGAAGAACGAGUACACUCGCAAACUAAAACAAUACGAAAAACAGCUCAAAAAAGAAGAGGAAGAGAAAAAGGAGCUCGCAGCCGCAGAACAAGAAGCAAAUUUAAUAAAGUUUAUGAACAGGGAAAAGAAUAUUUCCAAUAGCAAGUCUGAUACGACGGCGUCGACCAGCUCAAUUUCAAACUUGGCAAAUGGGAAAGACAAGAAACUGCCAAGCUUUUGGAUUCCUUCUGAGCUGCCAGACGCCAAAGUAUCAAAAAUACAGAAGCCAGACUCAACAGUGUACUGUCCCAUAAGUGGGAAGCCAUUGAAAGUAAAGGACCUUAUUGAAGUCAAGUGGACUAUGCUGCCAGAUGACCCAGACGAAAAGAAAUCCUUAAUAGCUAAAGAGAACAGGUACAUGUGUCCAGUGACACAUGAUAUAUUAAACAAUGCUGUCCCAUGUGCUGUUAUCAGAACUACAGGACAUGUUGUUACAAUGGAAUGUGUAGAAAAGAUAAUCAAAAAGGAUUGGCUUCAUCCCUUGACUGGAGACAAAUUAAAGGAAAAGGACAUCAUACCUUUACAGAGAGGUGGUACUGGAUAUGCACUAACAAAUCAGAACUUGGAGAGCAAGAAUGAAAGACCCGUCUUACAAGCUUAAGUUUUCAAUAAGAGAAUUUUUUAAUAGAAAAUUUCUGUUAAAAUGGAUUGUGUAAAAUGCAUAAUGCAUUGCAUGAUGGCAUCACCUUUAACAAUGUCAAAACCCAAAAUCUUAAGAAUCCUCAUAAUGUCAAUAACUUAAAUUUUAAAAUCAUAAGUUUUGGCAUCUUUCUUGAGUGGGUAUGAUCAUGAUGAAGCAUAGCAAGCUUUAUCAUAAUAUAAUAUUUUCCA